AUGGCUGGUGGUAUGAAUACGACACUAGGAUUUGGACAACAGCAGCAGCAGCAACAACAACAAGUUCAAGGAUUGUCACCCGAUGAAAUAUUUUCCAAUUCAAUUUUUAAUGUUUCAAUUUAUGGCGAUGAAAGAGACACAACGUUAGCACGGUGGAAUUACCUUCAAGCUCUUCUGGGAACAGGAAAGGCUUUCUAUUCUCAGUCACAGCCACCAGUUGAGAUAAAUUCACAGAAUUAUUUGUGUCGAUUUAAAGCAAUGGGCUACAGUCGUUUACCUGGGAAAGACAACAAAUUGGGCUUUGUGGUUGUUAAAUUUAACAAAACUUUAGCUCAAGUUAAAGAACAACAAGAUCUCAUUCAAAAGUUGAAUCAGUUGUUUGGAAAUCGUCCCAACAUGAUGAUUCACAUUGAUAGCAUGAAAGCACUAACCGACAAUUCAUGUCAAAUUGUUAUUUAUAUCGAAGAGAAACUUCAAAAUACAAAUGAAACGAAACGAAUUUCAGCGAACGAAACUUCAGCUUAUUUGUGUCAAGCCAAUUUGAAAUAUCAACUUACAAAUCUUGGAAUUCAGAAAGUUUUUCCAAUGACACCACCGGAUGAAGAUCAACUGAAACAAUAUUUGGAAGCGCCCCCGAAAGGAAUUGAUCAUCGAAUGUGGCGACAAGCAAUUGCUGACAAUCCUGAUUCGAAAACAUUCAUUCCAGUUCCACUUGUUGGCUUCAGUGAAUUAAAAACACGAUUGUCAUGUCAGGAAAAUGAAACUGCCAACCAAGUUGCUUAUUUGGCCAUGCUUGAGAAAGAGAUUUGUGAUUUGAAACAACGUCACAUUAACACGACAGCAAAAGUUAUGGAACAUCGUCGAAAGUUUUCUGAAUUAAGUCACAGAAUUUUACGAAUUAUUGUAAAGCAAGAGAGUACAAGAAAAGUUGGAUUGGCUUUAACGAUUGAUGAAGAAACAAUUAAAACAAAAUUGGAAAAUAUGCACGCUUUAGUCUCAGCACCGACACAAUUUAGAGGGAAAUUAAGCGAGUUGUUGUCUCAAAUGCGAAUGCAAAGAACUAAAUGGUCAUCAGCAGGUACCAGUGAGUAUACAUUAGAUAAAGAUUCAGCAGAUGAGAUGGAAAAUUUCUUAACGAUGCAACAACGGGCAAUGGAACUUCUAAUUGAAACAAUAAAUAAUGAUCUGAAGUCUAUUGACAUUAUAACUGAUGGAAUGGUUCGAAUGAGCACAAAUUCAGUUGUUUAA